AGUUCAAACUUAAAUGAUGACCAACUCUACAACGUUCCAUUUCUUGGAUCAAAUUACCCCCUCCAGAUGAACCCAUAUCUUACCUAAAUAAGGCUAAUAUUGUCUUUUCAAAUAUAGUUAAAACACUUUAAUGACAGACAUCUGAAGUUACAUGGGAGAGCUGUUAAGAUAUGGCCAGCAUAUCUAGCCGUUACACUUACCCAACAUUUUAAAAAUGACAUGACCGUUGGUCUCUCUUCUUUUGUUUCGUCAAAAUCUCCGAAUUCUCUCUCUCUUUGCUCUGUUCAACUCUGUUAUCAUUCUUCCCUUUUCUGCUACAAGAAAAUGGCUGGCGCUGGUGAUCUUGUUUUUACCCCCGAAGAAAUGGUGAUUGAUCAAGGUCUCGGAUACCCAAAGGCCUAUGCUAAGCUUUGUAAAGAUCGAAUUUUGGGCCCUUUCAACCGCGGCCCUCCUUUUACCUUCACUCCCUAUGCUCUGCCACAAGAUGAGGUUUUGAGAGCAAAGGAAUUGGAUGACAUGUUCCCUAUCGUCGAUCUGAAUGCCCAACCCAAUACAAAGCCCAAGAUUUUUGCGUCUCUUUUGUGGAAGCAACUCAGCCACCUCGGGAAUGCAGGAUUUGAUCCUGAAGUAUUUCGAGUAGACUCAUAUGGCAAUGUUCUGUAUUAUCAUGCCGAUUCAGCUUCACCUCUGGCGUGGGAAAUUGAUCACUGGUUUCCUUGCUCCAGAGGAGGACUAACUGUUCCAAGCAAUCUGCGGAUAAUGCAGUGGCAAGCCUGUAAGAAAAAGAAUAAUAAGCUGGAAUUCCUUAUACCCUGGUGGGAUCUGCAAGUUGGUAUAUCCAUAAACCAGUUCUUGUCCAUCUUUGCUAUAUCAAAUUCAGAUUUCAGGCGUAGAGCAUUUUCCUGGUUGUUUUCUGACGGUGAAAGUGAAGAACUGAAUGCAUCACAAACUGUUGAUUCACAUGUUUUUCCUCAUCAUUUUGUUGAAUCAAAAGAAAAAAUUGGCCUGGCUCCAGCAGCUGUUGUUCUAUCUCGAAGGGAGUCUUUUGAUUCUUCCUCAGCUCUGAAAUCAUUGGAUAUAAAUCGGAGACCAAGAUCAAGCACUCCUAUUGUUGCUUGUAAAAGAUCAAAAACGGAUCUGAAAGAAAAUGAAGAUCCAGGCCUGGUAACCAAUCCAUACCAGGCUAUUGUGAUAGCUAGAGAUUCUUUGAGACACAGAGAAGAAACAGCAAAGAUGCAGGCAGAAAUACAGAAAUUAGAUGAUGAAGUGGGUGAAUUGAAGCAGAAGACUGAGGAGGAGAAAGUAGCUGUACAAGAUUUGGAGCUAAUCCUAAUGAAGAAAAGAAGGAGAGCUGAGAAGUGUCGACGACUAGCUGAGUCACAAUCUUCUUACAAAGCUAUGCUAGAGAAGAUGAUUCGAGAUGCCAUGCACCAGAGUGUUGUGUAUAAAGAACAAGUCAGGUUGAAUCAGGCAGCAGCUAAUGCCCUUAUGGCAAGACUUGAAGCUCAGAGAGCAAUCUGUGAUUCUGCAGAGAGAGACCUACACAGGAGAUUCAAAAAGAGAGACGAACUUGAGCAACAGAUAAGACAUGACUGGGACCAAACAAGAAAAAGAUCAAGAAUGGAUGAAUUUCUAGAUGAAGAGGGAGAUGAAAAGACUCUUCUUCGUCUGCCCGGCAGCUGCUCAAAGGCAGAAUUAGAGAAAGAUGAUAAGAGAGUUCUAUGCUUGCCUGGUAUGAAUACCAAGGACUGUAUGCAUAAGGAGUUAAGAGUAUUUUUGGAGGAGGAACAGAAAGCAUAUGAGGCUAGACUAUCUCUAAAUGGUGGAAAAGAGAAAGAAACUCACAACACAAUCAGCAUGGGAAUCCACUCUGAACACAACAACAAUGCUAUUGUGCAGGCAAAGGAUGAGGAUCCAACAUAUCAGAACGUUCAAAACAUUGAGAUACAAGAAGAAGUGAUAACAUGCAACCCCAGGUUUCCCACUUUUCAUGAAAAUGUUAGAGAGGAGGAGGACGAAGAGAGCAGACAGCAGCGGGGGAAAGGAAAUGUCGAAAAAUGGCUUCAGUUGCUUUUGGACAACUCUCAAGAACCUACCAACUUUGGUAUUCAGACUGCUGAGGAGAACAAUAGUGGUAAGAGAACUCUUAAUGCAGGAGAAGAUGAAACUAUUGAAAUUGAUGAUACUAUAACAAAGCUGAAUAUAACGUAUCCGCAAAAGGAGAUGAAGACAUCCAAAUCCGAGGAGUCAGAAAUUGCUGAGGAUGUGAAACAGUCCCAGAAGGUGCAAAAUAAAAAAGAAAAUGUCCAAGAGGAAGAUUCAAAAAGAGAGGAAGUUGUUGAAGUGGCUGCCUAUAGAUUAAUUCCAGAAAGGAGAGCCAGUGAUGUAGGUUCUGCUUCUAAGGGAGUCGGGAGAGCCAGUGACGUAGGUUCUGCUUCUAAGGGAGUCGGGAGAGCCAGUGACGUAGGUUCUGCUUCUAAGGGAGUCGGGAGAUCUAGCAGCUGCGAAAGAACUGGAAGGAAGAGCGAAAAGGAAAAGGAAAGGGAACUCUCAAGGUCUGACAGUGUUAGGUUGUUUAGGCGUAUCCCAUCCUCGCCAUCUCUCCUCUUGAGUGGCAUGAAAAAGAGAGUGGAUUGCAUGAGGACGAAGCCAUCAGUCGUUGGUGACGAUAGUGAUGAAGGUCGGGCAGGAGGUAAUGGCUUCAUAAAAUCAUCCAUCAAAACAAUCAAGAGAGCAGUGAAGAUGUAGGCGGCCUGGAUAUAACUAAGUUUUUCGUGUUACCACCAAUGGGUGUGUGAAUGGUGCUUUGUGCUUGAUUUCUUUGUACAAUAGUGUACUCUGCUAUUCUUUUUGAAGGAUUUGUUAAUAACAGCUUCUUGUUUGAUGUAAAAUUUCUAAUAAAGAUAACAUGUUCGGUUA